AUGCACGAUGAAUGCACUCCACUACAAACAAUGUCGGUCAUUCAAGAUAUCAACACAACAGACAUUGCUGUACAAGGGGAGUUAAAUGCCAUGGAAGCAACAACUGUUUGCCCCACACAUGGGGAGGAAAGUCAUUACAUGAACCAAGGCCAGCUAAAAAAAAGUAACACUCAUCUGAGUUCAGCAUUCAUGGAAAAAGAAAAUAACACGUCAUUGAACGGAAAUGUAACAGGACAAGAAGAGUUACAGAACAAAAUGUGCCCAGACAAAGCAGAAAGUGAAGAUGAUAAACAAAUAUAUCCCAUGACUGCUGAGAACAUAAAUGGUAACAGAGCAGAGAUUUAUGACAUAACCCAAGCAACAGAAAGAGAAAUUCAAGAGAUCUCAGAAAACCAAAGAAAUGAGAUUAACACAUCCUCAAUAAUACAUGAUAGCAUCAAUAAAUAUGUGGAUAGCCUUCUUCCCAAUGAUUCACAGUGUGUAAAUGAAAAGAAAAACAUUAUGGAAAAGGAGUUUCUGGAUGUACUGAGUGAUGGAGCUGGACCUCAAGUGUCUUGCUAUAUUACAGCACCAUCAUAUGUUUUACAGCAUCUAGAAUGCCAAAUAACUAAUAACAUGAGUUCUUUAAUAGUGAGUGAUAAUGAAGAGUUGGUCAGCAAUAUCAUCACUAUUGAAUUCUCAGAUCAGAAAAAGAGAAUCCCAUUUCCAAUAUGCAUUGCAAUUCCAUUUACUGCACGUUACAAGGGAAACUACAAAGAUGUCAUGGUGAAAGUGUCAGACUUAAGCCUUCAAUCAAGUUACCUAACCCCAAAUUCACUAGAAGGACAAAGAGGAAGUUAUAAGGGGACCUGUGCUGAGGUGAAAGUUUACAAGUUGGGUAUCUUUUCUGUUGUGUCUUGUUUAAAGAAAGAGUCCUUCACAGUAACAAAGAAAGGCCUUACUUUGAAGCCAAGCAUGGAUUCCCGGAUAUCCUUAAAUUACCCUCCUGGUGUUUUCAGCUCACCAGUACUUGUACAAUUAAAGAUCCAACCAGUUGACCCUUCUCUGGUGGCUUAUUUAAAAACAAAGCAAGAUACUUCCUACUCAGUAGUAUCUACAAGUCCUCUGAUACAUAUUCAGCACCCAUCAACACAUCCAUUUCAGAAACCAAUCACUGUAUUCCUACCCUGCUCUCCACACAGUGAUAAAAAGACUUUAGGGUCUGAGAUAGGUCACAGAAGUACAACUAGUGUUACAACCAACCGGAUUGUUCCUUUAUACUUCAACCGGACAAAAUGUGUUUCUCUAAGAAAGCCUGGGAGCAAUGCCUGUGAAUCUUUGAAAUUACUAGGAUUCAGAAGUCAAGAUGGUGGUUGGUUUGGGCUUGAUGAUGUUGUGGUGAGAACAACGCAGAGUGGCUUGGUAUCAUUUGAAUUGUUUCAACAUUUAGAGAGGUUUAUCGUGCUUCACCUCUCUUCCAUUGUGGACAACAGUCAUUUGGUGUCUUUUGUGAAAUCUUUAGAGGAAGCCACUCUCAGCACUACAGUCUGCUUAGUACUGAAUCACCAGAAAGACAAUCCACAGAUAGCAGUGAUUUCAGUGGUUCCUUAUAAAGAUUUAAACCAAGAGCUUCAGAACUUGCGCUUGGGUGGGUUCAGUGGUCCCCCAGAACCAUCUCGCCGUUUCCAGUUAAGAGAAGGAGAACAACUUCUUUUAAGGUUUACUGGAAACAUAUUCGCUUCAAGCAAUGGAAAGGAUUAUGGAAAAGACUACAAGCUUGUUUUUCACUUACAAAGAAAACCCAGACUGGAACUCCAACUCAAAGAAGUCGAUGAAUUUGGGAACUAUAGCUGCUCUCAUUAUAAGGGCACUAUUGAAGUUUUUAAAGUGCCUAAAGAAAAGAUAGUCCCUAACUUGGAAAUAUCUCUUAUAACUAAUGAAACUCAUUAUCAGUUGCCAAUUUUAAAAUUACCAUUGAUCUUGCCAAAGCAUGAAAAAUUAAUCAAUCGUCCACAGAGUACCAAAAGAAUUUCUGCAGAUCCUCUAGAAGCCCUUUGGGAUAACUUGUUGUACUGGCUGGCAGAGGAGCUCUCAGAAGACAACGUGGUGUCUUUGUCCUCAUCACUCCCUCUGCGCCGCAGCAUCAUUCAGCUCAUCAAACUCAAGAGCCCUGAGAAUCUCACAGAACAGAUCCAUGAACUUCUUAGCUUCUGGAAGAAAUCACUCCCAACUUCUACUGAUAAACUUCGCCUUUUGGCUCGUCAUCUCCGCAAGAUUGGCAGAGGUGACCUUUCAGAAGAGCUCAAAUUCAAGUGGGAAAAUAAAGUGUUCACAGAACAUCAGCAGUGGUUUGAAAUGGCAGAGUAA